AUAGGUGCGGGAGAGGGGGAGACUUGUGGGUGGCGAUGUACCGCCAGCGCAUGGCAACUCCAAAACAAACUUACUCGGCGUAGUAGUUACAGGCAACGGCGUGUCUCCCACACUCCCCGGCCCCGCGCCCCUCGGCUGGGGUUCCGUCGCUGCAGUGUUGUGUGGGAGUCGGCUGCAUACAGCAGUGCAUUGGGGCGAGAGAGUGUGACAGCACAGGAUGAGGCUGGUCACCCCUGAACAGCGCGGGAUUCGGCAGCGAGCGCUCUACCGGCGGCUCUACCAGGAGGCACGCCGCAAACUGCAGGCAGAGGACUUUCUGGAGCGGCAGCGUGCGUGGGCGCACACUGACUACGAGACUUCCUACGAGGAGCACCACGGCAGACCCGGGUUCGAACCCGCUCUAGAGAGACAGCUGCGGGAGGGCGCUGCCGCCGCCGAGCUUCACCCGCUGGACGAGUCGGAGCCGGUGCUCUCUCUGUGGUACUGCCGGCAGCGGGCGGGGGCGGCGGGGGCGGCCGGGGCGCUCACGAGGGUGUCUCCGCCGCACUGCGCGUCGCAACCCUUCCGGCGCACGUCCGCCUUCACCACGCCCCCGCACCUCAGCCUGCACGACUCGCCCGCGGAGCGCCCCGCCGCCCACGCCGCCGCCGCCCCCGCACGAGCCCGGCUUGACCUUUUGGACCGGCUGCAAGCGCAGGGCUGGGGGUGCGGCUGGGGCGGCGGCCCCACCCAGCACCGCUACCCACUGGCCGAUGUCUUCUGCGACGCGGGCAGGAAGAAGAACUGGUGCGACCGGCACGAGGAUCCCAUCAGAGUCGAGGGCGCCUCCACCACCAGCUGAGCGGAGCCA